GGACCCGGAAACGGAAUGCUUACAACGAAGGUCACACUGCAGAACAUCGACCUCUAAAGACUCCUAUUGCCUGAGGAAGAAGCCCGGAAGAGGAAAGAAAAGGAGUCAGAAAUGGCUCUUUCUCAGGCACCGUUGACAUUCAAGGAUGUGGCCAUAGAAUUCUCUCGGGAGGAGUGGGAAUGCCUGGACCCUGAUCAGAAGGCCUUUUAUGUGGAUGUGAUGUUGGAGACCUACAGCAACCUGAUCUCCCUGGAUAUCUCUCAUAUACAUGUGAUCAAGAAAUUACAACCAAGAGCAAACAGUGAUAGAGGAGAAGUAUUCCAAACAGUGAUGUUGGAAAGACAGAAAAGCCAUGAAAUGAAACAUUUUUACUUCACGGAAAUCCAGGAAGAUGACUUUGGGUGUCAGUGGAAGGAUGAUGAAAGAAAUUACAAAGGAAUGUCUGUAGCCUGUAAGGAAAAUGUAACUCACAGAAGAGAUCAACAUAGUAGGUGGAAUUCAGGAAAGAAGCCCAUUGAAAAUAGGCUUACAUUAAGCUUUCAGGAUGAAUUGCAUGUAUUUAAGAACGAUAUUUACAAAUGUAAUGAGUGUGGCAAAGCCUUUAAUCAUGGCUCAUCCCUCCGCAGACACCAGAUAAUCCACACGGGAGAGAAGUUAUAUAAAUGUGGGGUAUGUGGCAAUGUUUUUCGUCUAAAGUCACACCUUGUAAGUCAUUGGACAACUCAUACUCGUGAGAAAACUUACAAAUGUAAUGACUGUGGCAAAAGCUUUAAUCAUGGCUCAUCCCUCCGUAGACAUCAGAUGAGCCAUACCGGAGAGAAACUGUAUAAAUGUGAUGUAUGUAGCAAAGUGUGUAGUCAGAAUUCCUCCCUUAAACGUCAUCAGAGGAUUCAUACCGGAGAGAGACCUUACCAAUGUAAUGAGUGUGGCAAAACCUUUAAUCGUGGCUCUCACCUCUCCACACACGAGGUAAUCCAUACAGGAGUGAAAUUAUGUAAAUGUGAUGUGUGUGGCAAAGUCUUUAGUCAAAAUUCAUGCCUUAGAAUCCAUCGGAGAAUUCAUAACGGAGAGAAACCUUACAAAUGUAAUGAGUGUGGUAAGGUCUUUCGUCAAAAUUCACAUCUUGGAAGACAUCAGAGAAUUCAUACUGGGGAAAAACCUUACAAAUGUAACGAGUGUGGCAAGGUCUUUAAUCAAUAUUCAAACCUUGCAAGUCAUCAGAGAAUUCAUACUGGAGAGAAACCUUACAACUGUAACGUGUGUGGCAAGGUCUUCAGUCAAAAUUCAAAUCUUGUAAGUCAUCAGAGAAUUCAUACGGGAGAGAAACCCUAUAAAUGUAACGAGUGUGGCAAAUUCUUUAAUCAAAAGGCAUACCUUACAAAGCAUCAGAGAGUUCAUAAUGAAGAGAAGUCUUACAAAUGUAAUGUGUGUGGCAAGGUCUUCAAUCGAAAUUCAAAUCUUGAAAGUCAUCAGAGAAUUCAUACUGGAGAGAAACCUUACAAAUGUAAUGAGUGUGGCAGGUUCUUUUCUCAAAAGCCAAACCUUGGAAAGCAUCAGAGAGUUCAUACUGGAGAGAAAUCUUACAGAUGUAAUGAGUGUGGGAAGGUCUUCAGUCGAAAUUCACUUUUUGCAAUUCAUCAGAGAAUACAUAAUGUAGAGAAACCUUUCAACUUUAAUGGAGGAAAUGCCUUUACUCUGAUCUCAACCCUCACUAAAUAUCUGAUAAUUUAUACAUGAGAGAAACCAUGUAAAUGUGACAUAUGUGGGAAGGUCUUCAUUCAAAAUUUACACCUUACAAUUCAUUGGAGAAUUCAUAGUGGGGAGAAGCUGAACAAACGUCAUGAAUAUGGCAAAGAUUUUGUGCCUGCAAGGCUCACUUUCUAUCAGAUAAUCCGUAGUGGAGAGAAACCUUACAAAUGUAAUGAGUAUCUCAACGUCUUCAGUCCAAAUUCAUACCUUAAGAUCUGCCAGAUACUUUAUACUGGAGAAAAUCUUUUCAAAUAUAAUGAGUGUGGCAAAUCCUUCAGUGUUCUGUCAAGCCUAACUUACCAUCAGGUAAUCCAUACUGGUGAGAGACUUUAA